UCGAAUCAAUCUCGCUCGCUCGCUCGCGGGGAGCGCCGUGACUUUUUUAUAUUUGCCGCAAACUAAUCGACCGUUCCGAUCGAGUCGCGGCAGUCGCGUCCCGAAACAAAGGAUUCCCUUCAAAAACAUGUAAAUUGUGACACAAAGCACUCAUAUAAUACAGUCAAGUGUUCCAAAAGUCGUUAACAAGUAGAUUUGGGGCUGUAAAUCGUCUUCCCAUCAUCGGAACGGGGCGUUCGAUACCGAUAUCGACCUAGUGCGCUAGUGUUUAUGUUUAGUAAAGUGGGUAUCUUUCGGUGUUUGUUUUGCAAACAUUGAGAUAAAAGUAUCACCAGUUAGUUGUUCGGUUAUGUAGUGUUGUGGGGCCGAAGAUGUCAGUGAGGAUGUGGGUGUUGUUGGCGUUGGUGGCGCUGGCGGGUGCCGAGAAGCCCGCCGGGGAGUCUUUCCUGAGCGACAUCAGCCGCACGCUGCGCUCGGAGAUGGACAACGUGCUGAAAAUGGCGGAUGUGGUGUACUCCCGGCUUGACAUCAACACGACGUACGUGGCCAGCGUGGAGUUCGAUAUGAGGGCCAUGGGGCCGCUCUACAACCACACGGGGCUCGUCAUCGACGCCAUCGCGAACAAGCAGGCCUACCCUGAAGGGAUCGUGUCAGUGUCGGACGGGCACCUCGAGAUCGCGAGCCCGCAGGAGAACUGGCGCGUCCUACUCGCACACUACGCGGGGCCUACAGCGUUCGUUGUUGUCGCCGUCCUACUGGCCGCCGCGCUGCCGCUCGCCGGACUGUUCUGGUGCUGCUGCUACUGGUGCCGCUCUGGUCGACGGAGGCGAACAUUCGACCGCAAAUACGACGCGUGCCUCAAAGGCCUGCUUGCGAUAGUGCUCAUCGGGUUGCUCACACUCUUCUUGUUCGGAGUAGUCUGCGCGUUCGCGACCGACGAACAGCUCGACCGAAGCGCGAGCGAAGCACCCAACGCCUUCCGCUCUGGCAUCAAGGACACGAAGGCUUACCUCAACGCCACACAAGCCCACGUGCGGUGGCUGCUCGUCAACAACUACGCCGAACUCGAGCGGACACUCGACAACCUCCUUACAAAUAGCGGCACGACAGUGUCAAGAAAACUAGGGGAGUUUUCACACGCGGUGUCCGUGACUACGCUAUACAACAUGGUGCAGCAACUGGACACAGUGCAGGCAGAUCUGAGGAGCGUCCACAACAUCACGUCUAUGCUGCGGAACAACGCUGAACUGCUCAACUCUGGUCUACGCAAAGUGAAGGCUCAGCUGCUCCAGACCCUGGCCAAGUGCCAACAGCCGCAAUGCAUCCGUCUGCAGGAGAAAUACAAGAUUGGACAACUCGACACCGAGAUACAUUACAGCCAGAUGCCAGACGUCUCAGAGUUGUUGAACAACGUGACGGAGCUUCUCGACAGCCAUAUUAAGGCAGACGUCGAGGAAGGGCAGCAGGUGUUCGCCAACAUCCAGGCUGGAAUCCAGCGCUCCGUGGAUGACCACAUACCUAAUGUGAAAGAGGCUUUAGCCGAGACUGGACGCAAGCUCAAAAGCAUGGCGGACCGCGUGACGGCCCUAUCCAACAACGCGUCCGCAAAAAUACAAGAGCACAGCGCGGGCGUCGCGGACCACGUGCAAGAGUACUACGACGCGUACGGCCCGUACCGCCGGCACGCGGGCCGGGCGGCCGCCGCUUGCCUGUUACUGAUCACUUGCGUGGUGGCGUGGGGGCUGGUGUGCGGCGUGUGCGGCAAGCGGCCGGACGUGUACGGCGCCAGCGACUGCUGCAACAAGGGCGCCGGCUCGCGCUGUCUCUUGUGUGGCAUGGGCGUGAUGUUCAUAGUGGGCGGGGUGGUGUCGCUCGUGAUGGCGAUCUACUUCGUGGUCGGCGUCAGCUCGCAGCGUUUCCUCUGCGAUCCACUCACCCAACCUCAAGGCAACCGCUUGUUUGAAGAGCUGGACCGUUUCGUGGACCUGGAGAACUUCAUGUUUAACGAGCGUCGCGACCCUGACUUCAACCUGUCGCGGGUUCUAACCUACUGCCACAGGAACCAGAGUCUUAUGCAAACACUCCAACUCUACCGCCUCAUAGACCUGGAGUCCCUCAAAGCGCAAGCGUCACAAGCGAUAGACCGCAAAGCAGCCGCCCUCAGACCGACGUUCCCCGGCCACGACCGGCCAGUCACCAUCCUCAAGCCACAAGCCAAGCUCAAGCUGACUAGGCUGGCCGAAUCCGGGUUAUCGGACUUCGACUUUGAUCGCAUCCUUCAUGCUCUGGAAACCAACAUGACGAACCUAUCUCUGGACACAUUGGCGACGCAGCUGGACGCAACAGCUAACUCGCUCGUCGACCGCUCCGGUUUCGUGCGAGUUUCCAUCGAGUUACGAGACGCGGCGGUGAUGUUGACGGCGUACCAUACUAACAUCGUCACGCCCAUGCUCGAACACACGAGGCAGCUGAACGUGACGGCAAUGAGGCUGCGUGACGGUCUGCGCUUCAACCACUCCUCACUGAAGGAAGCCAUCGGGUACCUCAUACAUGAGACCUCACAGGCAGAGACCUUCCUCAACCGACAGGGGCUGGAUGUCAUACAAACUCUAAUCCAAGACUUCGCGAAGGUCGUCGCUCAAAGACUGAACGAGUACCUAGACAUGGUGAUAUACGCGGCCGAACACGAGGUGGGAUAUUGCGCGCCCAUGUCCAACGCCUUCAACGCAACCAGGGACGCGGCUUGUAAGAAAAUCCUUAUGCCCGUGAACGGGUACUGGAUGGCGCUGGCGUGGUGCGUGCUGUUGUUCGUGCCGCUGAUGGUGGUGGCGCAGCGCCUCGCCCGGCUCUACAAGCACGUGGACCCCUACCCCGGACCCCUCGUCGAGGCCGAGUAUUUGUAUGACGCGUUCGCGGACCGCGAUAACGUACCCCUUGCCAACGCCUACAAGGCAGAGAAGCGCGCGGGGCGAGACGCGCGGCGCGGGGGCGGGGGCGGGGCCGGGGGCGGGGGCGGGGGCUCGGGCGCGCGGGAGGAGGCGCGCGGCGCCGCGCUGGCCACGCCCCUCGACGCACACCACGCGCGCAGAUAUAAUGAUAUGGCGCCAAAGCACUGGGAAGAAGGCCCACCCCGCUACCACGGACCCACUGAGUACGAGCGGCCCCCUCCCUACUACUAUCCCGGACCAAAUGAUAGACAGUAAACUGGCCCUCACGGAACUAGACGACGACCUGCUGAAAUACUGAGACCGCUCCGCGCGGACCUGAGAACAGAAAGGUCACAACUACCACAACUGAUGUAGAGCGAUUUGAACUCUAUGCGGUUCGCGCAAGACUCAAUUUAAAACGAUAAUUGUUGAAGAGCCGUUCAGGUUCUUGAUACGAUACGUAAAGAGUAUUUUUCCAAUAUAGCCAAGCCUUGAGAUUGUAUCGAUAUUAUUACCUUUGACAUGUGACAUAUUAAUUAAUUAUGCAACGAUGACAUAUUUGAUAAUAAUGAUAAUUCGG